CACGUGACUAAACACGGAAGUAGAAUCAACCGCUCUAGCAACUUUCAUGUAAAAGCAAAGUGCCCGAUCGUGUUGCGAGGAGUCAAAGUGCAUCAGAAGGCUGCAACUUUUUGUUUUGUAUCUUCGUUAAAAUUAGCGUGACCAUGACCCAGGCAGAGAAGGAGCAGGACAACGGGAAGGAGAAAGACAAAGACCGAGAGAAGGAGAAAGAGAAGGAACAACAACGCGGCGUGAAGCGACCCAUCGCUCCUCCAGCCAUCCCGGAGCCUCAGCAGGAGCAAAUUCAGAGCAACUUCGUAAUUGUCAUCCACCCUGGUUCAAGAACACUCCGCAUUGGCCGAGCGACAGACACUCUUCCAGUGACUGUGCCACAUGUGAUUGCUCGAAGACACAAGCAAAGCGGGCAGUUACGAUAUGAAGAUGCCUGGCUGUUGAGAGAGGGUCUAAAUAAAUCAGAGAGUAACGAGCAGCGGCAGAAUGGCCUUAAAAUGAUUGAUCAGGCCAUCUGGUCUAAGAAAAUGUCAAAUGGAGUGAGGAGGACGCCUGCAUCUGCUGAACAGGCCAGAGCGUAUAACUGUCAGAUCCGUCCAGCAGUGCUAGACAGCAGCUCCAGGGUAAAGUGGACCAACACAACACACCAUCCUCCUUAUCUGGUUGGAGAAGAGGCUCUUUAUGUGAAUCCAUCUGACUCGUACAAUAUACACUGGCCCAUAGUCACGGGUCAGCUCAACGUGCACUCAGGUCCUGGGGGCUCAUUGACCGCUGUCCUCGCUGACCUUGAGACAAUCUGGAGUAACGUCUUGCAAAAGCAUCUUGACAUUCCUCUCAAAGAUUUAAAGUAUUACAGAUGUAUCUUACUGGUCCCAGACAUCUACAACAGACAGCAUAUAAAGGAAGUUGUCAACAUGCUGCUGCUUAAUAUGGGCUUUUCAGCAAUCAUUGUGCAUCAGGAGUCUGUGUGUGCCACGUUUGGUAGUGGGUUAAGCAGUGCUUGUGUCGUGGAUGUAGGAGACCAGAAGACCAGUCUCUGCUGCGUCGAAGAUGGAGUGUCUCAUCGGAACUCCAGGCUGUGUUUGGCAUACGGUGGUUCAGAUGUGACCCGCACUUACUUCUGGCUCCUGCAGAGGGCAGGUUUUCCUUACAGGAACUGUCAGCUCUCCUCCAGACUGGACUGUCAGCUACUGCAGCAUCUGAAAGAGACCUUCUGCCACUUAGACCAGGACAUAUCAGGACUACAGGACCAUGAAUUUCAGACACGUUUCCCCGAAGCCCCAGCUCUUCUCUAUCAAAUUCGACUAGGGGAUGAAAAAUUACAGGCACCCAUGGGUCUUUUCUACCCCACCACAUUUGGCGUUGUAGGCCAAAAGAUGUCAUCAAUUCAGUACCGUUCCCAAGGCGAUUCAGAAGAUCCUCACAAUGAACACUAUCUGCUGGCCACACAGAACAAACAGGACCAGUCCUCCAAAACUGCUGUAGACCGGAAGCCUAUUUCCAGACCCGGUGGAGGUUUGGAUGGUGAGAUGAGCAGUCAGGGAGGCAUAGGAGAGCUCUCAGAUUUGCCCAGGGGAUGUGGCAGCGGCAGCGCUGGAGGGGGAACGCAGGCUGAGAUGGAUCUUGGAUCUGCUCAGGGCGAGUGCCUAAUGGGCACAGGAGAAGUGGAGGAGCCCCCUUCUGCUCAUCUCUCUAGAAAGGCCGCCAUCAUGAGCCAAUUUGAGAGCAAAGCAUUGGGACUGGAUAAGGCAAUUCUGCACAGUAUCGACUGCUGUGCUUCAGAUGAAACUAAACGAAAGAUGUACAGCUCCAUUCUGAUCGUUGGAGGAGGGCUCAUGUUUCAUGGCGCCCAGGAGUUCCUGCUUCACCGCAUCAUCAACAAGAUGCCGCCCUCCUUCAGAAGACUCGUAGACAAUGUGGAGGUUAUCACACGACCAAAGGACAUGGACCCCCGUCUGAUAUCAUGGAAGGGGGGAGCAGUGCUGGCGUGUCUGGAUACCACCCAGGAGAUGUGGAUCCAUCAGAGGGAGUGGCAGCGUUUUGGUGUCCGAAUGCUCCGUGAGCGAGCUGCCUUCGUCUGGUGAUGCUGAACUGAUUAUACACGAAACUAAAACAAGAGCCCAUGAAAUCAAUCCACCACCUUAAACCAGAUACACAAGAAGUGCUUACAGUUGGUAAAACACGAGUUUUGUGUCUUCUGUUUGAAGUCAGUCUGAAAUCUUACUGCAUUACUUCAAGAACAGAAAUUAUCACCUAGUUUCAGUUUUGUGUUGGCCAUUUUUAUACAUCAAAAGCUCAGAUGUUGCUGAUGUCAAGUUAGUUUCAAAAAGUGUAUAAUGCAGAAGUUACUUUCGGUUACUAAGCUGCAAAUAUUACUCCUUUGUUCACUGACGUCUGGAAUUGUGUAAAUAAAUUUCCUUUUUUUCCAUCUCC